AUGAAUAAAAGGGAUGCAGUUAGAACCCUGUCAAAUCGAGCCAGAAUAGAACCUAAUUUCAUUGCACUGGUGAUGUGGCAGAAACUGGAAGAAGAGAAUUCUGAUUUCUUCAGAGCUUACUAUAUAAGGCUGAAGCUGAAGAAACAAAUAAUCUUGUUUAAUCAGUUCUUGCAGCACCAAUAUCAUCUCAUGAAGUUUCCUAUAUGUCCUAAGGUUCCUCUAGCACCGAUAAGAAAUGGAAUUCAUCCUAGGCCUGUCGAUGACUUACAGAUAGGAUACCCAGUGUUUCAGCCCCCAAUUCUGAAUACAUUGCAGCUUCAUAUUGGUCCAACAAGCUUUGGAUUACCGAGCUGUCAAGCAAAUAACGGAACUCUAGCUCCAGGCACUUCGCAUCCUGGUCAGAUGAACAAUGAGUAA